AUGACCGCUGAUAUUACAGUCAAGACAACUGUCAAGGACGUCAAGGACGAGCAGUUUGGAGAUGAAGAUGUGAGUGAAGUAAGCAGCAUUGGUGACGUGAAGAAUCGGCAGCAGCAACAAGUCAUGGAUCGGCUCAAGGAGAGUUUAAAGAAACAAGACAAGACACAGGUGGUCCGCAUUUGGCGUGUCAUCGUAUUCCUGAUCUUGUUUGUGGCAGCCGUGUCGGUAUGUGUUGGCUUGUAUGCGUACGCCAGGAACAAGGAACACGAGAGCUUUGAAACGAGCUUUCGGACCAAUGGCAUCCGGGUCAUCCAGGCGUUCAGCGAUGGAAUCGAACGCAAGUUGGUGGCAUUUGGAUCCAUGAGUAAUGCCAUGACCAGUUAUGUUCUUAGCACCCCAGAUGUGGAGUUUCCUUUUGUCACCUUUCCCAACUUUGAAAUGCUGGGAGCAGACGUGAGGGUGGCAGCUUUGGCAGUCGUUUUGCACUAUGCUCCUUUGGUCACGGAUGACAAAAGGAAGGCAUGGGAAGCUUGGGCCAUGGAAAACAGAUUUCAGGUGGACAAAGCCUUUGCCCAAGAAUCCCGCUAUAGGAAAACUCAAGAUGAGUACUUUGCCAACAUUCUGGGAGAGCAAGAUGAAGAGCAACAACGGGACAGCACGCGGCUUCUGCAGCAUCAGGCAAACCAGACAGCCCAAAACGGUUCACACAACCUCUCGGCCCAGGAAGAUCCACCCCUGAUCACAAUCAUCAACAACACAGUCCAGGAUGGCACCAAAUACCGCCCCCAACUUAACAGACCUCCAGGUUCUGGACCUUAUUUUCCCAGGUGGCAACGUUGUCCGAUCAAUAGAACCAAGCAGGCUUUCCUCAACUCGGACCUUUCUCAAUGGCCUGCACUCAAAGAUGCUCUAGCAGAAAUGCUCAAGAAUCCCAAAGUUGUGCUGGACAAGGCAAGUGUCUUUGAUGUCAAUGGCAUUGGUGCUAACUUCAACAACAACCUUCUCCUAAGUCAGUACCGGCAGUCGGUUGAGGGGUAUAUUGGAGAACCAAUGUCCUUCCUUGUCUAUCCUGUCUUUGAUACAUUCUACAAUGCAACUGCGUCUGUGCAAGAACAGCGCGACCACCUGGCCGGGAUGCUCUACAGCAAUAUUUACUGGCGGCUUCUUCUUGAGGACAUUCUCCCAUUUGAGCUGAAAGGUGUGAUUUGUGUGAUUGAAAAUUCCUUUAACGACACCAUCGUGUACAGGAUUGAUGGACCCCAAGUGACCUAUUUGGGUGAUCAAGAUCCCCGUGGACUGUAUGAAACAUUUGAACACUUGGGAUUCGCACAGGAUGCCACUGCCUACGUCAAAAGCCGCACAAGCCCAGAAACCAUGUCCUAUUCUACAGUCCCACUCCACGACACUUUUGGCCAGUAUACACUCCGGGUCUAUCCCAGUCAAGAUACUCAGAAUGAAUACACUUCGAUGCAGCCAAUCAUCUUUCCUGUGGUGGUUGCUGUGGUCUUUUUGUUGACUGCUGUGGUGUUCAUGGUUUUCGAUUUCGUAGUAGAGCGCAGGCAGCGCAUUGUCAUGGAACAAGCACUCCAAUCAGGGGCAUUGGUGAACUCCUUGUUCCCAGAGCAAGUCCAAAGCCGGUUGUACCAGGAGAACCAGAUCAAAAAGACAACCACAGGAGACAGCAAUGCGUGGAGGAAGUCUCUGAAGAGUGAACGUGAUGUAGUUGGUGGUACUGCAGGCAGUCGCCCUAUCGCAGACCAUUACGAUGAAGUGACUGUGAUGUUUGGAGACUUGGCUGGCUUCACGGCAUGGAGUGCUAAGCGGACACCUGUGGAUGUAUUUGAACUUUUGGAGAGCCUCUACGAUGCCUUUGAUGGGAUUGCCCUCAAAAGGGGUGUCUUCAAAGUGGAGACCAUUGGAGAUUGCUGGCUUGGAGUGUGUGGGUUGCCUGAGCCCAAUCCUCUUCAUGCUGUUGCGGUGGCAAGAUUUGCAUCUGAGUGCUUGUUGAAAAUGAACCAAAUUGUCCGCAAAGUCAGUGAACACUUAGGUGCAGACACGCAAAACUUGCAGCUUCGAGUUGGUCUGCACAGUGGAUCUGUUACUGCAGGUGUUCUUAGAGGCCAAAAGUCCCGCUUCCAGCUUUUUGGAGACACAGUCAAUACUGCCAGCAGGAUGGAAUCCACUGGGCAAGCGGGACGCAUUCAUGCCUCACAGUCGACUGCAGAUGAGCUGAUUGCCCAGGGGAAGUCGAACUGGGUUAGUGCCCGAGAUCACACAGUCAAAGCCAAAGGAAAGGGAGAGCUGCAGACCUACUUCAUUACCGUGCAAGGCGGAGGCAGUGUGGCUACCUCAGGAACCACCAAUGUGACAGGAAUGACCACCGCGUCAGGAUUGCAAAGGCAAGGCACCAGAGACUCUGAAGUAUUGCCAUCGACCAAGGAAGGAGCGGAUGAGCCAAUGAGCGCCCAUAUCACCCCAUCGUGCGUGGAGAUAGAAGAUGCCGACCAGUUCAGUUCCAAUUGCUCCGUUUAA